AAAAUUCCAAACCCGAUAUCGCGCCACUACCCGCCGUCUCCCUCCGCCGAGCUCAGCGAGCCGGAACUAUCUAAGAAAAAGAAGUCAGCGGUUUCUGCUCACUGUCCGCUCAGGUCGUCCACACUAUCCGUGCGGGCUCUCUUCAAAUUCGGCCCAAAGUCCUUCGCUCUAUAGAUGUGGGGAAAGUUUCGAGCCCGCCGACGUAGAGUGGCCGCGUGGGCGGAACAGGAGGCGGAAGGAUUCCGAGUGCGCGCGCUGCGGCCACCCGCGCGCAGCUUGUGGCGCCAGAAUUCGGAGCGCGGAAGCGCCUGAGCGGCUGUUUCCCAGUAUCGGGUCCGUCUCCCGCCGCGGACGCUCUGCGGAAGAGGGAGAGAAGAUGGUGGUCCUCCGCAGCAGCCUGGAGCUGCACAGCCACCCCGCCGCCUCGGCCACGGACUCCUUGGACCUGUCCAACGAGUUCCUCAGUCUGGAGCAGAUCGGCCGGAGGCGGCUCCGCUCGGCCGGCGCCGCUGAGCAGUCCGCGGUCACCGCGGCCGCCGCGGGCGAUGGGUCUUCAGUUAAGGAAGUUGAAACUUAUCAGCGGACACGUGCUUUAAGGUCUUUGAGAAAAAAUGCACAGAAUUCUUCAGAUUCUAGUUUCGAUAAGAAUAUGGAAAUAACGGAGAAGCAUGCUAAUGGCAGGCAUUUUACAAGGCAGUUGGCCAGACAGCAGGCUGAUAAAAAAAAAAAAGAAGAGUGCAAAGAAGACAAAGUGAUUCCAGUUACUCGGUCAUUGAGGACUAGAAACAUAGUUCAAAAUGCAGAACAUUUGCAUGAAGAGAAUGGUGAUGUUGAAGUUCGCCGAAGCUGUAGGAUUAGAAGUCGUUAUGGCAGUGUGAACCAGUCUGUGCUGUUUGACAAACUUAUAACAAACACUGCUGAAGCUGUACUUCAGAAAAUGGAUGAUAUGAAGAAGAUGCGCAGACAGCGAAUGAGAGAACUUGAAGAUUUGGCGGUGUUCAAUGAAACAGAAGAAGGGAAUCUUAACAUGUACACAAGAGGAAAACAAAAAAGUAUUCAAAGAACUGAUGAAGAAACAACUGACAAUCAAGAAGGCAGUGUGGAGUCAUCUGAAGAGGGUGAAGACCAAGAAGAUGAGGAUGAUGGUGAAGAUGAAGAUGAUGAAGAAGAUGACGAAGAGGAUGACGAAGAGGAUGACGAAGAGGAUGGAGAAGAAGAUAAUCAGAAGCGAUACUAUCUUAGACAGAGAAAAGCUACUGUUUACUACCAGGCUCCAUUGGAAAAACCUCGUCAUCAGAGAAAGCGCAACAUAUUUUAUAGUGGCCCAGCUUCUCCUGCAAGACCAAGAUAUCGAUUAUCUUCUGCGGGACCGAGGAGUCCUUAUUGUAAACGAAUGAACAGGCGAAGACAUGCAAUCCACAGUAGUGAUUCUACUUCAUCUUCCUCUUCUGAAGAUGAACAGCACUUUGAGAGGCGAAGAAAAAGGAGCCGUAAUAGAGCUAUUAACAGGUGCCUUCCACUAAAUUUUCGGAAAGAUGAAUUAAAAGGAAUUUAUAAAGAUCGAAUGAAAAUUGGAGCAAGCCUUGCUGAUGUUGAUCCAAUGCAACUAGAUUCUUCAGUACGAUUUGAUAGUGUUGGUGGCCUGUCUAAUCACAUUGCAGCUUUGAAAGAGAUGGUAGUGUUUCCAUUGCUUUAUCCAGAAGUCUUUGAAAAAUUCAAAAUUCAACCUCCAAGAGGUUGUUUGUUUUAUGGUCCACCUGGAACUGGAAAAACUCUAGUUGCUAGAGCGCUUGCCAAUGAGUGCAGUCAAGGGGAUAAAAGAGUAGCAUUUUUCAUGAGGAAAGGUGCUGAUUGUCUGAGUAAGUGGGUAGGAGAAUCUGAAAGACAGCUGCGAUUGCUAUUUGACCAGGCCUAUCAGAUGCGCCCAUCAAUUAUUUUCUUUGAUGAAAUCGACGGUCUGGCUCCAGUACGAUCAAGUAGGCAAGAUCAAAUUCACAGUUCGAUUGUUUCCACCCUACUAGCUCUUAUGGAUGGACUGGACAGCAGAGGAGAAAUUGUGGUCAUUGGAGCUACCAACAGACUGGAUUCCAUUGAUCCUGCUUUACGAAGGCCGGGUCGCUUUGACAGAGAAUUCCUUUUUAGCCUACCUGAUAAAGAUGCUCGAAAAGAAAUUCUAAAGAUUCACACAAGGGAUUGGAAUCCUAAACCACUGGACAUGUUUCUAGAAGAACUAGCAGAAAACUGUGUUGGAUACUGUGGUGCAGAUAUCAAGUCAAUAUGCUCUGAGGCUGCUUUAUGUGCUCUGCGGCGACGCUACCCACAGAUCUAUACCACUAGUGAGAAACUACAAUUGGAUCUGUCUUCAAUUACUAUCUCAGCUAAGGAUUUUGAGGUAGCUAUGCAAAAGAUGAUACCAGCCUCCCAAAGAGCUGUGACAUCGCCUGGGCAAGCAUUGUCCACCAUUGUGAAACCACUUCUGCAAAGCACCGUUCACAAGAUCUUAGAAGCCCUGCAAAGAGUAUUUCCACAUGCCGAAAUCAGGAAAAAUAAGGCAUUAGACUCAGAUAUUUCUUGUCCUCUGUUAGAAAGUGACUUGGCGUACAGUGAUGAUGAUGUUCCAUCAGUAUAUGAAAAUGGACUUUCUCAAAAAUCCUUUAAUAAGGCAAAAGAAAAUUUUAAUUUUCUUCAUUUGAAUAGAAAUGCAUGUUAUCAACCUAUGUCUUUUCGACCAAGAAUGUUGAUAGUGGGAGAGCCAGGAUUUGGGCAGGGUUCUCAUUUAGCCCCAGCUGUCAUCCAUGCUUUGGAAAAAUUUGCAGUAUACACAUUAGACAUUCCUGUUCUUUUUGGAGUCAGUGCUACAUCUCCUGAAGAAACAUGUGCCCAGAUGAUUCGUGAAGCUAAGAGAACAGCACCAAGUAUAGUAUAUGUUCCUCAUAUUCACUUGUGGUGGGAAAUAGUUGGACCAACACUCAAAGCCACAUUUACCACAUUAUUACAGAAUAUUCCUUCAUUUGCUCCAGUUUUACUACUUGCAACUUCUGACAAACCCCAUUCUUCUCUGCCAGAAGAGGUACAAGAAUUAUUUAUCCGUGAUUAUGGAGAAAUUUUUAAUGUCCAGUUACCUAAUAAAGAAGAACGGACACAAUUUUUUGAAGAUUUAAUUCUAAAGCAAGCUGCUAAGCCUCCUAUAUCAAAAAAGAAAGCAGUUUUGCAGGCCUUGGAGGUACUCCCCGUAGCACCACCACCUGAGCCAAGACCAUUGACAGCAGAAGAAGUGAAAAGACUAGAAGAACAAGAAGAAGAUACAUUUAGAGAACUGAGGAUUUUUUUAAGAAAUGUUACACAUAGACUUGCUAGUGACAAGCGAUUCAGAAUAUUUACCAAACCUGUUGACCCUGAUGAGGUUCCUGAUUAUGUCUCUGUAAUAAAACAGCCAAUGGACCUUUCGUCUGUAAUCAGUAAAAUUGAUCUCCACAAGUAUCUGACUGUGAAAGACUAUUUGAGUGAUAUUGAUCUAAUCUGUAGUAAUGCUUUAGAAUAUAAUCCAGAUAGAGAUCCUGGAGAUCGUCUUAUUAGGCACAGAGCCUGUGCUUUAAGAGAUACUGCCUAUGCAAUAAUUAAAGAAGAACUUGAUGAAGACUUUGAGCAGCUUUGUGAAGAAAUUCAAGAAUCUAGAAAGAAGAGAGGUUGUAGCUCUUCCAAAUAUGCCCCGUCUUACUACCAUGUAAUGCCAAAGCAAAAUUCCACCCCUGCUGGUGAUAAAAAAUCAGAUCCAGAGCAAAAUGAAAAGUUGAAGACACCCAAUACUCCUAUGGCUUGCAGCACUCCUGCUCAGUUAAAGAGGAAAAUCCGCAAAAAGUCAAAGUGGUACUUGGGCACCAUAACAAAACGAAGGAGGAUUUCACAGGCGAAAGAUGAUGGCCAAAAUGUCACAGAUGACAAAAUUGAGACUGAUACAGAGGAAAAUCAAGAUACAAGCGCAGACCACAAUGAGACCGGAAACACAGGGGAGUCUUCAAUGGAAGAAAAUGAAAAGCAGCAAAAUGUCUCUGAAGGCAAAAUAAAACUGAGAAAUAAUAGUUCAGGUACUUGUAUUGAGAAUGAACUUGAAGAAUCUGGGAGGACUACAGCAUGUACAGAUUUAAGGAAAGAUAAAAUUGCUUGCAAUGGAGAUGCUUCUAGCUCUCAGAUAAUAGAUAUUUCUGAUGAAAAUGAAGCAAGAGAAAUGUGUGUUCUGCGGAUGACUCGAGCUAGACGUUCCCAAGUAGAGCAACAGCAGCUCAUCAGUGUUGAAAAGGCUUUGGCCAUUCUUUCUCAGCCUACCCCCUCACUUAUUGUGGACCAUGAGCGAUUAAAAAAUCUUUUGAAGACUGUCGUUAAGAAAAGUCAAGGAUAUAAUAUUUUUCAGUUGGAAAAUUUGUAUGCUGUAAUCAGCCAGUGUAUUUAUCAGCAUCGCAGGGACUAUGACAAAACAACACUCAUUCAGAAAAUGGAGCAAGAGGUAGCAAACUUCAGUUGUUCCAGAUUAUGAUGUCCGGGCACCAGAUGUUCUUUAUAUUCAGUUCCUAUUUAAUUCACCUCUGUCAUGUUCAUAUAACUGAUGCAAGAUGAAAUCCUGCAUAUUUAAGGAAAAGAUUAAAAUGGUAAAUAAAGAUAUUUAAACUUUUCUCAUAUUUAUGUACAUGUGUAAGAUAAAUUGCCAAGAUAACAUAAAUAUUAGAAGUUUGAUUGAACAAGUCACUGUAGUAAUAGUAUUGCUGUGCCUAUCAGUAGUUGAAGUGUGGCCAACUCUUAGCUGUUUGUGACACUUAAGAGUAAUUAGUAACAUUGACCUUUAUUGUUUUAAGCACUUUUAAUUUUAUCCUUCCCCAAAAUAGUUGAUUGGUCAUACUACAAACUUGUUGAACCAUUGUACAUUUGCCAUCCUUUUGUUACCUUUGUGUUCUUCAGUGCUCCUCUCUCAGACCUGCCUUUACCUUCCCCUACCCGUCACUUAAAAGCCGAUGUUCUAGUCAUGAUUUGCAGGAGGCCCCUUGAACAGCCUCUUGGCUGCACCACAGUUCUGUACUUGAAUGUACUUAAAAAUUAAUGCUUUUUAGAUAAACAUUUUUAUAAUUCUAAUUUGGGUUAAUAAAAAAUUUUAAUAUUUUUUGGUUUACUUUUAUGUUUAUACAUAACAAAUGUAUUAAUAACCACUUUGUUAAACAUUGCUUUAAUGGCACAAAAUUUCUAUAUUUGAAAACUUUAUAUCCUUCUAAACGUGUGUUUAGGUUGUAUUCUAUAGCUACCUUUUAUAUACAAUUAUAUAAAUAUAAAUAUUAUAAAUUUUGUAUUAAUGAUACCAAAAAUACAUUUCUUAAAGCAAUAAAAAAAUUCACCACCAUACAUAUUCUUCCCUUUUCCCCCUCCUUUUUUUUAAUCUUCUUUUUUUUAAAGGACAUAUACUAGUAGUAGUUUGUGAAAAGGCUUAUGUUGGAAACUUCUUUUGAGGGGAAUAGGGGGAAAUAAUCUCAAAUGAGAGGCUCUGGACUCUAAGACAAUUUCUGAGUUGAACUGCCUUUUGUUGUCAAUUUAUCUGAAUACUGUAUUUAAAGCCUUCUAAAACCCAGUAGCUCAGAUACUUUAAUUAGUCGAUACUGUCUUAUGUCUUAUGUAAUACAUAAUGCAGUGCGAGUCACUGAAAAUGUUUAAAUACAUGUACAUUCCUGGAUUCACAUACAUACACACAUACUCAUUUUUAGUGAAGUUAAUUGUAACUUAUUCUAGAUGGAUCUUUUAUAACUAGGAUUUUGUAUGUAUAGCUUCUGUAAUAAAUUUUAAAGGUUAAAAAUUGCUUCUCAGUUUUGUUUCUGGUUUUUGUUUUUUUUUUUUUUUUUCUUUUUUUGUCUUUUUGCCAUUUCUUGGGCCGCUUCUGUGGCACAUGGAGGUUCCCAGGCUAGGGAUUGAAUCGUAGCCAUAGCUGCCAGCCUACGCCAGAGCCACAGCAACGCGGGAUCUGAGCCGCGUCUGCAGCCUACACCACAGCCCACGGCAACACCGGAUCCUUAACCCACUGAGCAAGGCCAGGGAUCAAACCCACAACCUCAUGGUUCUUAGUCAGAUUUGUUAACCACAUGCCACGGCGGGAACUCCUGUUUUUUUCAUUAUUUUAAAAUGCCCUAAAAAUAAUUCCAUGCAAGACAGGUGAACAAACCUAUUUUAUUAUUGUGCAUAAUUUUAAAUGCUGUUGACAGUGGAAUGUAUAUAUAUUCUUUAGCUACAGAGGCUAAUGUGCUUCCUGUCUUUUUCACGAUAUACUAUCUACAGACAUGGGAAUUAAUACAUCUACAUGCCUUAUGUAGACUUUCAAAAAUCCUGCUGAAAUUGCAAGCUUAGAAUUUUUUUCUCUUUUUUUUUUUUUUUUUUUUUUGGCUUAAAAGUACAAUCAGGCUAUAGUAAUUAGGAAAGAAAAAUAAAAGACAUCCAAAUUGAAAGGAAGAAGUAAAACUCUAUUCACAGAUGAUGUUAUAUAUAGAAAAUCCUAAAAGAAUCCACAAUGUAUUGAUUAAAGCUAUUAAUUCCACAAAGUUGCUUGAUCGAAGAUCAACGUAAAAACCAGUUGUAUUUCUGUUACUAGCAAUGAAUGAAAUCCAAAAAAGGAGACUAAGAAAGCAAUUCCAUUUACAAUAGCAUCUAAGACAAUAAAACACCUAGGAGUAAAUUUAACCAAGAAGGUGCAAACUUAUACACUGAUAAUUACAAAAUAUUGCUGAAAGAAAUUUUAAAUAAGACCUAAAUAAAUGGAAAGAGCCUGUGUUCAUGCAUUGGAAGACUCAAUGUUGUUAAAAUGGCAAUAUUCCCCAAAGCAAUCUGUGGGUUCAGUGCAAUACCUUUCACAAACCCAAUGGCCUUUUUUGCAGAAAUGGGAAAGUCAAUCCUAAAUUCAUAAUGGAACUGCAAGGGACCCCGAGUAGCCAAAACAGUGAAAAAGAGAAAGUUGGAAGACUCAUAUUUUUUUAUUCCAAAAUUUACAUGAAGUUACAUUAUGACAGCACCCCACUGUUUUAUUAAAGAAUGGAUCUAUAGAUCAAUGGAAUAAAAUUGAGAGUUCAGAAAUAAAUCCGAGUGUCUGUGAUCAAUUGAUUCUAACACUGGUGCCCAAGACCAUUCAAUGGGAAGAGAAUAGUCUCUUCAGCGAAUGUUGCUGGGAAAAUAAUAUCCACAUGCCAAAGGAUGAGGAUGGACUUCAACCCGACACCAUAUACACAACAACACAAAAUGGAUCAGAACUAAAGAGCUAAAACUAUAAAAUUCUUAGAAGGAAACGUGAUCUUGAAUUUGGAAAUGAUUUUCUUAAAUAUAGCCCCAAAAAUAUGCUAGCAACUAAAGGAAAAUUAGAUAAAUGGUAUUUCAUCAAAAUUAAAAAACCUUCAUGCUUUUGAUAGUUUCUAUACUAUUAUGUAAUUUAAUAUGAUACUAUCUCAAAACGCAAGAAGAAAAGGUCCAACAGUGGCUCUUUCUGGUGAGUUAACCAUUUUGGGGAGUAGUGGUCAGGCAUUUUGGAAGGUUUCCCUCUGUUAGAAUUAGUCUUUUUUUUUUUUUUUCCCCGUAAUUAGACUGGGAUUGUAGGUUUUGAAAAGAUCACGGAGUAAAGUGAUCAUAUCAAGGUUAUAUACUCUGGGUAUGUUAUGACUGUUGAUUGACCUUGACACCUGGUAGAAGUGGUGUUUCGAAGGUUUCUCCAUUGUUAAAUUAUUCUUUGGGUUCUGUGCUCUGGAAGAUCACUGUAUAGCUCAUUCUUUUUUUUUCUUCUUCUUUAUAGCCCACUCUUAAGGAAUAAGAAGUUAUGCCCCCCUUAACCCCCCCUUCUUUUUUGUAGUGUUUCUAUCAGGGAUCUCUGUAAGUGUGCACCAUGGGAUCAGUUGAAAUUACUUCGGUCUCACUUAAUUUCUCUCAAGUGCCUCCCCCGCCACAGAACACACAUCAAAUACAUUUUUUGCUCAAAAUGAUGCAGUUGAGAGAUUGCCCUGUAAUAAGAGAGACUUGAGUAUAAGGUAACUACUUGCUGAGGAAUGUUAUAUGGAGGGUAAAAACUCACUCAAUU